AUGCUAAGCGACGAGCUGAUCGAGAACAUACAGCACGCCGCAUACGCCGCGCAAGUCCAGCCCCAGGUUUCGCCCGAGCUCGCCUCUUACAUCGAAACAAUUUUGCUUUACUCUGGCUACAAGGAACCACAGACCGCCCAGCAAGCACCGGCACAGACACGGCGCGAUCUGCCUCAGAUCCGCACGUCGGCAGGGGGUCUACUCUCUCGUGCACUUGCAGCGGCCAAGCCAGCCAACGCCGAGAGGGCAUUGCAGGAUUUUCGAGACAAUGUUUCCGCUCGGGCCCCUCUUGAUGCUCGCUGGGCGACAUGGGCCAAGAUCUGCGCUUCAUGGGGCAGGGCGCCAACUCCCCUGACCCCGGAGCUGAUCGAACUGGUCGGGACCAGCUUCCGCUUCGGUGGAUAUCGGAGCUCGGCACAGUACUUCUCCCGAGCCCGAAAGGAGCACAUCAAGGACGCCUUUCGCCUUGACGCACUCGACAUCGAUCUCGAGGUGGUCCCUCGGCACACCGCCUUCGCCGACGGGAUGGUGGUCCUGGGUACAUGGUUCUUUUGUCGUGAGAUUGAGCUCGCCGGCCUCCGAGUCAAACACAUGGUCAUCGACACGGAGACGAAACAAGUGACGCUUACGCUUGGUGCCAGCAAGACCGACACUGUGGGUCACCUCGUGCAGCGCAAGCACUCUUGCUACUGCGGUAUCGUCCCGGAGACCUUGUGCCCUUACCACGCAGCGCUUCGCAUAGCUGACGAUAUCCAAGGCGGCCCUGACGACUUCCUCUUCGCCGACACCCCGGACGAGCCGCUCAGCAAAGCCCGGACCAUCGAGAUGACCCACGAGGUCCUUACCGCAGCGGGCAUUGCAUUGCGUUGCCCCGGAGCAGCUGACGAAGCGGAGGUCAAUCGCUUCGGGGGACAUUGCUUACGUGUGUCAGGGGCACAGCACCUCUGCCGCAUGCGCGUCCCGGUGUCGACGAUCAUGCUGCUAGGCAGAUGGGGGAGCCGCGCCAUCGAGCGCUACGUACAGGACACCGAGUUGGAGGACAUCGUCAUGAUUGGCACCAAGAAACCCGCUGUCGCAGAAGCCCGGAGCUCCGAGACACAGAGCGACUCCGCCGACCGCACAAAGUGGACCUUGGUGCCGGAGGAGCCAGGCGCCGCCUCGGACAACGCCGCGCCGACAGCCAAGAAGCUUAGAGUGAAUGCAGCACAGAACGAUGUCGCAGUCUCUAAGCUCAUGGGACAGCUGGAUGCCAUAGCAGACCGUCUGGAGCAGGAUCAAGAGCAUCCCGAUCUCAUUGUCAAAAAGAAAGCCCACGCUCGCGACGCCGAGGAAGCCACACGGCCCCCAAUUCGUUGGAGGGCCCGCUGUGGGUGGGCCUAUGGCUACUCACGCUUUACCCGGGCAGUGGAUGACGGGUCGCACGUGUUGUGCAAGAAAUGUUUCCCGGAAUCGGCUCAAGGCUCAACCGCUCCGCCGCAGACGGCUGACAGGACAGGCCCGGAGGCCAUCGUCUCGGCAGCUGGCGCGGGGGAAGAGCUUCGGAAGUACAUCGAGGACCUUGGCGUCUCCUCCGUUGGGGAGUUUGACGAAGCCGUGGUGGAACCGCUUCGCAAGCCCUACAAACUCAGCGACGGCAACAUCAUGGAGGUACUGUCAACCGAUUUUCCGGUGACUCGCGCUCGCCUGCGCCACGUGUGGAAGAAGUGCCGAGAUGCCUCCUCGGCCACACCUGCAGCAGCGCCAGCCGCAACGACAACAGGCGGCACCGCUUCCACUUCCUCCUCCAAGAAGGAACUUCCCGCUGGCUACUGGCAGUCACAAGUCAAGAAGUUCGAGUCCGUGACGAUCAAGGGCAUAGCAAGGAGAUUCCCAGAAACGCUGCUCCUCGGCGCGGAGGCCACCUUGGCUCGCAUUGUAUCCGACGCGAAGAGCCUGCAGCACAACGCCAUACCCCUGGAGGAGAUCGUCCAGACUCGCCACUUCAAAGCCUCCGGCGAGCCCAACAACCUCAGCACAGCCAAGAAACGCUCGCGCAGCAACGAGGUGACCACGCUCGUCCUCAACGCCGACCUACAACUGGAGGCCGAGCCCGAGGACCGAUGGCGCCCGCAAUCGCAGACGGCACCCCUCGACUGCCUGCAGGCGAUCCAUAUGGCUCUCGUCUUCGUGGAGUACGCCCCGGACCACGAACUUGACAAGUACUUCGAGUGGUGGCAGCGCCUGGUGCGCAGUCGCCCGAACAAGAUCGAGCAGCUCAAAGUACACUGGGAAAACACCUCGUGGCGCAUAGCCCUUGCGCUCCGAAAGAGCACUCCCUUCCACGACUCCACGACGUCGCCUCCGAGAUCAUGGUCGACAGCCAGUCACUUCAGGAACAAGGAGGUCGCUGUGGAACGACCCACGAAGGCACCACGGAGCUUCGAGCAGCCCUGGCCAGAUCGACGAGGAGGACGAGGAGGAAAAGGCCAACAACAGGGCAGGGAUUGGCAGCCCUACCGCCCCAGCAAAGGCAACGGGAAAGGAUGGGGACGCGGACGUGGCCGCGGACAGCAACAGUGGCGACAGCAACGCUAUCACCGACAGCACGAAGAUGAUCGAGAUCAGUGGCGUCGCCGGGAUGACGAUCGCGGUCGCCACUCCGACCAACGUCAGUGGAGGUCGUGGAACCACAACGACUCUACACACCGCGAGCAUCGCGACCAUGAAUAG